CAUGAUCAUGUCUCCCCCACCUCCAUUUCCUCAUUGCUCAUGAUAUAUAUAGCCAAACACAACGAAGCUUCACACAUCGCAAUCCCAAUUUUCACAAUGGCUCUCAACACCACCUUCUUCUUCAUCCUUUUCCUCUGCGUUCUCUCCAUAGCCCAAUCUUCCGACGAUGAUUGUGUGUACACUGUGUACAUCAGGACCGGUUCGGUCAUAAAAGGAGGCACGGACUCGAUCAUCGGAGCGAGGCUGUACGACGAGUACGGCGAGUACUUGGAGAUCAAGAACCUAGAGUACUGGGGCGGACUGAUGGAGCCAGGCCACAACUACUACGAGAGGGGCAACCUGGACAUUUUCAGCGGCAGAGGCGGGUGCCUUUCGGCUCCGAUCUGCGCUUUGAAUCUCACUUCGGACGGGUCGGGUGCCCACCACGGGUGGUACGUUAAUUACGUGGAGGUGACGACGACUGGGGUCCACACCUCCUGCACUCAGCAGUUGUUCACCGUGGAGCAGUGGCUCGCGCUCGAUACGGCGCCGUACGAGCUCACCGCCAUUAGGAAUUACUGUCCGUACGACGAUUCGGAGAAGAAUCGACGUGGUCAGCUUAAAUCUAGUGUGUAAUAAACGAAGGGUUGUUGGUGAUGCUAAGGUUAAUUAUUAGGUUUAUUAAGAGUUGUAAUUUGCUAAGUUUUUUCUGCUAAAUAAUAAUUAUUACUAUUUAAUGUGGAGUAAGAUGAAGAUGAAGAUUGAAUGAUGUAUGAGUUUUAAAA